AUGACGAUUGGUAAUAACACAGAUGCUGUUCCAUUGCCAUUUCAUUUGUCGAUUUGUGUGAAUAAUUUCGAGACAACACGACGAUUCUAUGGUGAAAUCUUAGGUUUGGAAGAGCGUCGAACAACUUCGGGAUCGAUUCAUUACAAUAUGUUUGGUAGUCAAUUGACGUUACAUGUCAUUCCCGACUACAAUGCGUUGAAUUUACAACGAGAAGUUGAUAGUGAAGAUGUACCUGUUCCAC